CCGGGUUCGCUCGCGCCGCUGGGGCGCUGACUCAGCCGCAGCCCGGCUGCUUCCGCCCAGCCGGGCCCGGGCAGCGCCCCCGGCGCCCUGCGCGCCCGCGACCCCCGCGCCUGGACGCGCCUCAGCCCGCGGUCCGCGGCCGCCCCCGGCUGGGCGCCAGCCGGGCCGGGACUCCGCGACCGCACGGGACGGGCCUCGCCAGCACCCUCCAAUGCCUCACCAGUGCCUGCUCUCUGAGUGAAAGGCCUGUUCUCAACGGCUCCCCUCCCUCUGCAAUGGCCAGGUCCUUAUGAAGUGGUGACCACUCCAACUAGCAGGGUGGAAGAUGGUACCAGCCGCACGGGAGCCUGAGGAGGAGCCUACAGCUGCCGCAGAUGGAGGAGCCCACGCCCGAGCCAGUCUUCGUUGACGUGGACAAAGGGCUGACCUUGGCCUGCUUCGUCUUCCUCUGCCUCUUCCUCGUGGUGAUGAUCAUCCGCUGUGCCAAGGUCAUCAUGGACCCUUACAGCGCCAUCCCUACGUCCACCUGGGAGGAGCAGCACCUGGACGACUGAGGCGCUGCGGCCUCCACGAGAGCGGGCCCUGCGUCCCCUGGCCACCGGCCUCCCAGCCUGCAGGGGCGAGGAAUGGAUGUGGCUCUAGUGGGUGGAGGAGGUCCACUUAACCUCGCCAGCCCUUACUCCAGCACAGAGUCAAAUGCCCAGGUGCUCUGAGGUGGCCUGGGGGUAAGAGCAGGGGACUGGGCUAGAAACGGGGUGGUCACCCUCCCCGGCUCCUGUGCUCCUUUCAGAAUUAAAUCUAGCACAGACACCCCUUGUCCCCUCCCCCCAAUGCACAGCAGAAUUCUCCUUUGGGGAAGACAGUCCUUAAAAUGCAAAGUAGCACACAGAGAUGCCCACCCAGCGAAGAGGUCCCGCCCAAGCUGAGUGCCACCCGGAUCCAGCAAUGGAGAGGCUGGCCAGGGCUGAGGGGACACAAAAGGCACACCACCUGGGCUGCUUCCACGCAGUAUUUUUUUUUAAACUAAAAAUAUGGAGAAAUAUUUUUCCUGGUACAAAUAAAAUGUACAUUUUAGAAAUUUGGAGAAAUACAAAUAAAUAGAAGGAAAGGGGGAAAAUAACACUCACAUCCCACUGCCCAGAAGGGCCUUUGUGAUAUCUUUUCUUCCACCCUUCUCUACAUGUGAUUUUUAGUCAAACUCAUGCUCCAUGCUCGAUGCUAUGUGGGUUCAUAAGACAGCAUUAAGACGCCCCAUUUCAUCACUCUACAUAGCCAUAUUUUUUAGUGAUACAGGGUAAUCUAUCAGGUGGAUAGGUCAUGGUCUAAUAAUCAUCUCACUUUUCCUCACACAAAAUUAUUUCACCUAGUAAGCUCGUGAGGGUCACAGUCCACGGGAUGAAUAUUGGACAGGGAGACCUGGAUUCUAGCCAUGCUUUGGCUACUCAAAGCCUAUGUGACAUUGAGCAAAUCACUUCACCUCUCUGUGCCUCAGUUCCCUCAUUGUAAAAGCCUUGCCACUUUUAAAUUUCUUUUUUUGCAUGCAUCUUGCAUGAAUGAAAGGACAGGAGGGGCAGUGCUUUGAACAGAAAUGUCUGGUGGGCAAGGAACUAGUUGUUGGUAAGGGCUGCUGGGCCCUCCCUUCUUCCUUCCCUCCUUCCCCAUCUGUGACCUUGCAGCAACAACAUUGAUCAGAGCCUACAAACCUGAUGACAAGUCCCAAUUCCUCUACUUCCUCGUUAAGUGACCCUAAAUAACUCACUUAGCCUCUCUGAGCUCCCAUGUCUUUAUCUUUAAAGGGAGGAAUAAUGUCUACCUCACAAGGUGGUUGUGAGGAUGAAACGAGAAAGCAUGGACAGAUGGUACUGUUCUUUCUUAAACUCCCGGGGUCCAUGCUGGGAGGAGCAGGGGUUCUGGGUUCCUUCCUCCUCCCUGCAGAGCCCCGAACCAGGGCCUUCCUCAACUUCAAGGGCCUCUUCCUUGAAGAGCCCAGGGAGAGAUCCAGAUCUCCAGUCAGAACACUGGUCAGAGGAAUACAGCAAUCCCCCCCACUUCCAAGACCUGACCUCUAGGGACAUGAUGCCCACCAACUGACAUCACUGUCACUGUCAAAUGAAACUAGGCACCUGAGCUCCCCUUCCUCUGCCAGCAUAGGCCCAGCCUGCCUUCCCACUCUGGGGAGACCUGCAGCUGUGAAGACACUCGGGGCUCUCUUUCUAUCACCUGCCUCCCAGCCCUGGAUCCCCACCCAUUCCAGGCCACUUGGGAAUUGUGUUUCCAAAGCACUCUCACCACCAGCUGACCCUGAAAAGUGGACAAGGCCAUAGCUGUCCAGGCAGUGCUCCCAGGUGUAUCCAUAUCCCCUCCCCCACCAGCAUGGCUCAGGAUGUGCAGGGGACAGCUGGCAGAGGCGUGGGCCAGGUCCCUAGAAGGAUCUGCACAGGAAAGAGCCUGUGCUUUGCCCAGGCACAGUAGCAGCCUUACCUGUGAAGCAUACCUCAGAGACCCCAGACAUAGACACAGAAAGCCCAGUACAGCACAAAUCCAAUGCCCAGUCAUCUAGUCACAGACCACAGGCACCCGGAGAGGCCUAGCUACCUCCGCUGGAGGCACAUUAGGAUUUCCUGUGCCCCGGGGCAGUGCUUACUCAACUGUGGCGGAAGGGCUUGUUCCAGCUCCAGACCUACAGACUCCAGGUCUCUGGGGUGGAGCCUAGGAGGCCACACUGGCAAGACCCCCAGGCAUUUUAGGUGCCUGUUAAAGUCAGAAGCUCUGCCUGGGUCCCACUUAGUUCCUUUCCAAGCCUAGGUUUGCUAAUAUUUCCUGUCUUAUCUCUCUCUCUCUUUUUUUUUUUUGACAGCAAGGAGAAAUAAUAACAUUUCAGAAAGGGUGCAAAAUAUAAAUAUCAAACCUCCAAUAAAACAGUGAUUUUUAUUUGCGUCCCUACAGACCCUUCUAAUCGUUGUCCUCAUGCAAGAGACAUUUUUUAAUAAAUGCCAUCAAUUAUAUAACUUUGGAGCACACUCUCUCCCAAUAUCACAUCACAAGCACACUUCAGUGUGGUUGCUAUUAGUCCUCACGUGUAUCAUUUUAAUGGCUACCAAACACGGCAUCUGGUACACACAUGUGAUUAUACAGACGUCUAUGAUUAAAUACUUGGAUUUGCUU